AUGACUGAAACACCAAUACAGACGCGAAAGCGUGCAAAGUACACAGAAAAUGAAUGGAGCACCGAUAAUUUACUAAAGUAUUUCAGCACAAAAGAAAGCUUGGAUGAUUUACAUACACAUCUUUUGGGUAUGGGUAAUGCUGAGUUCUGGGUCGAGAAUAUUCUAAUUGAUCGAAGAAAAUUGCCUACUCAAAAUGACUUUAUCAGCAGCGAACUUUUAAGAUGUCAAUUAGGACCAUUAGUUUGGGAUUCAGGCGAAUCGAAAUUCAUUGUUCCAGAACGAGCAAGGAAGCUCUUUGAUGAUCUACGUUCAUCAGGUACUACGGAAGAAAAGCUUUAUGAGGAGUUGGCAAAAGAAGACUUCAAGAAAAAGAAGAAACAUCAUGGCUUACUUUUCCAGGAAAACUUUUCAUAUGAUGUUAUUUUCUCAUUGGAUAAUCUGGUUAAAGGGCUUGGAUUAAAAAAAGAUGACUCAGGAGAAAUAAAUCAAGGUAAAGUGGAAGAAAAAUUAGGCAUCCAUACAAGAAGUGAUUGGACAAAGCGUGUUUUUUUCAAGCACUGGAUCAUAUUUAAUGCGCGAUAUCAAGAAUUACAAGUAGUAUAUGGUAUAAAAGCUGAAGACCUGCGUACACUUAUUGGUGUGGAAAAAAAGAUUGAAGAACUAACUGAUCCAGUGCAACGGAAUACACGAGCACAUAUCAUUAACGCAUUUUCAAUGAUGAAUGCAGAUGGUACCGAGCCACGUUCAGUCGACUUUCAUUCGUUUCGUGGUGCAUUUACACCGGAAUUCUAUCCUAGACGAUUUGCUUUAAAAGACUCACUAUACGAGCAACGACUCGACUUGUUAGCAUAUCUCUUGUUUCAUGUUCUUGAUCGAUAUUCAAAAUGUUCGCCAGCCAUAAAAUAUUGCGAAAUUUCAGUUGGUUGUGAUGAUUUAAGACGUGCUUGGGUAUUUGAUGUUUUAACUACAUUUUCGCACGAACCAAAAUACCGUGGAUCAUUCGAAGAUUUAUUUAAUAAUUUCCCAUGGCUCCCAACACGUCAGUUCGAACAACGUGUUAUAUAUCGAUUUUUGGCGGGAUUCAGACGUAGUAUACCACCAAUCAUCGAUGCUUAUUCAGCUGAUGAAGCCGUUGCUUUCUUAUCUGAAUUGCCGCAUUAUGCGAUUCAUGUUAUGUUGAGAGAACUUUAUUUAAGCAACAAUAAAAGACCAACUAUUAUAUUUAAGGAACAAGUACAAAAACUUCAGGACAUGAAGGUGGCUAUCGACAAAAUUCCUCAUUUCUACGAUUGGGUUGUCGGCCUAGAUUUAUGUGGCGAUGAAUUAGGGCAUCCUUAUUGCGCCUUUUUAGCUCAUGAGUUCAUCGGAUUUGUUCAAGAGUCUCGGGAAAAAAAUCCGAAUUUCGGUUUACGUAUUCAUGCCGGAGAAAAUGUACCUUUCGUUCGUCCAGAAUUGCCUGGUUAUCGUCUAUUUGUUGCGCAUAUUGUCAAUAAACAAGGUUGUUCCCAAGUUAGAUGA